UCUCCUUGCUUCCCUUAAUCUCAGCUUAUUAAGCUCAACAAUACUAAUUAAGUUAAUUAUACUAUAUCCUAGCUAGCUAGCUAUAAUUCACCCCAUUCCAAUUCCCAUAAGAAAGGAUAAACAAUAAGUUGAUCAAGAGUUUAUGUACGUUAAAAGUCGCGGUUAAUCAUGUGGAAACUGAAGAUAGCAGAAGGUAAGGAUCCAUGGUUAGUGAGUCUAAACAAUUUCAUUGGUCGACAACAUUGGGAGUUUGAUCCGCAGGCCGGAACAUUAGAGGAACGAGCCGAGGUUGAGAGGGUGAGGGAGGAGUUCAAGAGGAAUCGUUUCAGGAUGAGACAAAGUGCUGAUCUUCUCAUGAGAAUGCAGCUAAGAAAAGAAAACCCAAGCCAAUGUUUGGGAAUGCCAAAAGGAAUAAAAUUGAAGGAAAGAGAGCCAAUAAAAGAGGAAGCAGUAACCACAACACUGAAGAGGGCCAUCAACUUCUUUACCAGUAUUCAAGCCCAUGAUGGUCACUGGCCUUCUGAUAAUGCUGGCGCACUGUACUUCAUGCCCCCCCUUGUAAUCGCGCUAUACGUUACAGGAGAUCUCAAUAAAAUUCUUCCUCCAGAACACCAAAAAGAGAUAAAACGCUACAUUUACAACCACCAGAAUGAAGAUGGAGGAUGGGGAUUUCACAUAGAUGGUCAUAGUACCAUGUUUUGUUCAGCAUUAAACUACAUUGCCCUAAGGUUGAUGGGAGAAGGCCCUGAUGAUGGUGAAGAUAACGCGGUUGCCAGGGGUCGUCAAUGGAUCCUUGACCAUGGUGGUGUUACCGGCAUUCCAACGUGGGGGAAGUUUUGGCUAUCGGUGCUUGGAGUGUAUGAAUGGGACGGGUGCAACCCAACACCUCCCGAGUUUUGGUUACUCCCUAAUUUUUUACCAGUUCAUCCAGGGAAAACUUUGAGCUAUUGCCGAUUAGUGUAUAUGCCAGUCUCAUAUAUGUAUGGUAGGAGAUUUGUUGGUGUUAUCACUGAACUGAUUCAGUCACUUAGAACGGAGCUCUAUACUCAACCCUACCAUGAAAUUAACUGGAACGGAACUAGAAACGCAUGUGCCAAGGAGGAUCUUUACUUUCCACACCACAUGUUGCAAGACACGGUUUGGGGAUUUCUUCACCACAUUGCUGAGCCAAUCCUCAACCGUUGGCCCUUCUCAAAGCUCAGAGAAAAGGCUCUCAAAACGGCAAUAGCGGGUGUACACUAUGAGGACAUUAACAGUAGAUACUGCACUAUUGGUUGCGUCGAGAAGAUUCUUUGUUUGAUGGCAUGUUGGGUGGAAGAUCCAAAUUCAACAGCGUACAAGAAACAUCUAGCCAGAAUCCCAGAUUAUUUGUGGGUUUCAGAGGAUGGGAUGAAGUUAACGGCUCUUGGUUGCCAAACCUGGGAUGCAGCACAAGGGUUUCAAGCAAUUUAUGCCAGUGGUCUUGCUCAUGAAUAUGCAACACCACUUAAGAAAGCACACGGUUUCCUCAGCGCCUCACAGGUUAGGGAUAAUCCAUCAGGAAAUUUUAAGGAGAUGUACAGACAUAUUAGCAAAGGUGCCUGGACUUUCUCAACACCAGAUCACGGCUGGCAAGUCUCUGACUGCACCGCGGAAGGGCUCAAGGUUACACUUUUAUUUUCACAAAUGUUCCCUGAACUUGUGGAAGAGAAGAUGGAAGAUGAGCGCCUAUUUGACGCUGUAAAUGUCAUUCUUUCUUUACAGAGUGAGAAUGGUGGUCUAACAGCUUGGGAGCCUAAGCAAGCUUUCCGUUGGCUAGAGAAAUUCAAUCCUACGGAGCUUUUCGAAGAUGUUCUGAUUGAAAGAGAGCAUGUUGAGUGCACUUCCUCAGUAAUCCAAGCUUUAACACUCUUCAAGGAGAAAUACCCAGGGCAUCGGACGAAGGAGAUAGAAGAAUCAAUCUCUAAAGGAAUACACUACAUUGAAAAUGCUCAAAACCCUGAUGGAUCCUGGUAUGGUUUUUGGGGAAUCUGUUACACGUACGGAACAUGGUUUGCAGUGGAGGGACUACUAAGGGGUAAGAAAAACUACCAUAAUAGUCUGACAGUGCACAAGGCAUGUGAGUUUUUGCUAUCAAAGCAGUUGCCUGAUGGCGGCUGGGGCGAAAGUCACCUCUCAUCCGCAAACAAGGUUUACACAAACUUGGAAGGGAACAGAUCAAAUUUGGUGCAAACUUCAUGGGCAUUGUUGACUCUCAUUAGAGCAGGGCAGGGGGAUGUGGAUCCAAAGCCUAUAGAAAGAGGGGUGAGAUUGUUAAUCAACUCACAAUUUGAGAAUGGAGACUACCCACCACAGGAAAGCACGGGAGUAUUCAUGAAGAGCUGCAUCAUAGAAUAUUCAUCAUAUAGGUGUAUCUUCCCAAUAUGGGUUCUUGGUGAAUAUCGCCGUCUACAAGCACAAAGAUCAGCUAUAUUAUAACCGUAAAAACUUGUCCGGAGAUGGCCGCAACAGCCUACAAGUUAUAGUUAGUAUUUCAUUGCAUAGUUGCUGUACAACAUCAGAGGAUGUAGGUAAGCUAUUAACAGAAGUUAUGCUUUAGCUUACAGAACUUUGUCAAACAAUGUCAGCUUAUUUCUAUAGGGUUAUUUCCAAAAGUCAAGCCAGUAAAAGACUGUAAAAUUCUCAAGUACUGUAGAACCUUGUGUUUCCUUACCUACUGGUGUUUAAUGUCAGUAAAAUAAACAGGGAAUUUCACGAUGGUAACCUAA